AUGCAGGCUAAAGAUGCUGCUAAAGUUCAGGACAAAUGGCUUUUGGUAAACUUGCAAUCCACCAGGGAAUUCAGCUCCCAUAUGCUUAACCGCGACACCUGGGGAAAUGAAGCUGUUGCUCAAACUAUUAGGACUAAUUUCAUCUUUUGGCAGGGUGUCUUUUGUUACACACCCUCGUUGCUUUCUAAUCAUAGUUUAGCUCUAGCUAAUGGUCUUGGUAUUGCUGGGCUUUAG